UAGGGACGAAGACGAGUUUCCGCCAAGGUUGGAAAUACGUAUUCGGUAUUCUUUGAGAGGACUCUACACGGUUUCCUCGGUCAUUAUAUACCCGACCACUGCCCUCGAUUAUGGAAGCAGAAAUGACAGCAAAAGGACGGCUCGAAUCCCUGGAACAGGCAAAAGAAUCCCUGGAACAUGCAAAGAAAUUCAUGCCAGCGUGACUCAAUACCUGUCAAAGCAGUAGGCCGCUUUUUAAAGUCCAGCUUCGUGCUAUCCCCACCCCAUCAAACCAGUACCUUUUUACCUCAUCAUUUCGUCCACCAUGCCUGCUCAGAAACGCAAGGCAUCCUCCAUCGAGGAGCAGACGAGCUCCACCCAGGCCGCCACUCGGGGACGGCCAUGGAAGUACAAGAUCACCCCCGACAUCGAUAUGGGAAUUAGUAUCCCAGAGCUGCCCGAAAAUGCGGCAGCAAAGAUCAAGGCCCAGCAGGAGGCCCAGCAGAAGAAGUCCCGCGAAGAUGCUGUCAAGUACACCGACGUCACAAGCAUCUUCGAAGACGCCCGGGUCCUUGGAACAAGGUUCCAAACUUGCUUUGAGGAAAUGCAGCAUCAAAACACGGCAUGCAUAGAUUACGUUCUGGACCUCCGACACAGAACCGCGAGCCUGGAGAGCUAUGCUCUGACGCUUGAGAAGAAUGCUCAGGCGCUUGCGAGCCACGUCAAGGGGCUCGAAGACCAGGUUCAGAGGCUUGAGGGCCAUUCAGAGGGCCUGGAGGGCCUUGUCAAGAGGCUCGAAAGCCGUGUUGGAGCACUGGAGAGCAGACUCGACGGGCAGGAACGCCAGGUCGAGUUUGUAGACCCAUCUCUGGUGUCCAACGAGACCCUCUGGAGGCUGGAUAUGGUGCCUGGCUGCUAUUCGGAGGAUCCGUCGUGCCUCCUCCCUGGGUCUAAUUAAAAGGCCCGAAAAGACGUCCUGCAACUCUGAUGGAGUGGAAAAUAGCGGGAUCAAAUUGUCUUAUGAUUUCUUUUUGUCAUACAAUGAUCUUUUGGCGUAUUGGGUCUUUUGUUGGAAAUGUUCUUCUGAUUUUUAUUAGUUGUGUAUUGGUCAUGUCCUACAGCGAUGCCAUUAGCGAGCUAUCGAGGAAUAGAAUUCGAAUUAGAUUAAAG